AUGGGCUCCCCUAUAUCAGGCCUAAUCGCCGAAGUAGUUCUUCAACGGGUAGAACACUUCGUGUUCGCCAAAUAUCAACCUAAGUUCUGGGCCCGCUAUGUCGAUGACACCUUCGCCGUUGUCAAAACAACCGACAAUGGACACCUAAAGGAACUACUGAACUCGGUUGACCCGGAUAUCCAAUUUACGAUGGAAGCAGAAACAAACAACCAACUGCCUUUCCUUGACGUACUUGUGCGCCGGUGUACCACUGGACAGCUGCAAACUACAGUAUUCCGAAAAUCCACCAACACGCGACAGAUCCUACACUUCAACAGCAACCAUCCUCUGUCUCACAAAUGUAGUUGUGUCCUCACUCUAUUCCAAAGAGUCGAAACACACUGCAGCACGCCAGAAGAUAAAAGGGCCGAACGAUUGUACCUUGUGAACCUAUUUGCAGCCAAUGGUUAUCCCAGACAUUUCAUUGAGAGAAGCAGACGUCGGACGCCCAGACGACGGCCAAAUGAGCAGCAACCCGAAGUCUGGAGGGCCAUUUCUUACGUUAAAGGGGUCUCUGAAGCGGUCUCGCGACUGUUACAACCCACCAGAGUAGGCAUAGCCCAUCGACCCCAAGCAACAAUUCGACGUCACCUGAUGCAACCCAAGGACCAGUUGCCACCCGCUGGAACCUCAGCAGUAAUCUACAAAAUAAAUUGCAAUGAGGGCGACUGCAACUACGUGGGCGAAACCGGGCGGAAAUUGCAGACUCGCCUACAAGAGCACAAAUCGGCUACUGGAAGGUUAGACCCUAAUUCUCAACUAGCAACACACGUUGGAGAAACAGGGCAUACUUUCGAUCUCCAGCGAGCUACCAUCUUAGGCCGAGGCAACACAAAAGCAGAACGGCUAACUCUCGAGGCGUGGUUCUCCGUUGCCCACUCUAUCAACAGGCAUCUAGACCUUCCUGCAGUUUACGAAGUCCUACGUCAUCACAAUCGUAAAGCUCAGGACCAAACAACCACACCGGACUUACGGAGGCCCUACGGAGAUAGCCUGACGCUGAGUCUCCUCGGUGAGGAAGAACAAGGACCGCCAGACCGACCGCCCAGCGGAGAUUCACUCAGCUCCCCUCGACGGAGUGGUGACUCACAAAGCAAACAGGCAAAACGCCUGUCCACCAUCUCCCGAGAGGCUAAGACAGCGAGAGGAGAUAAAAAUCGAUCAGCAUAA